GUCUCAGCUAAAAUAUGUCGCGCUGUGUUCACUUCUGAAGUGGUUGGUAUGUGUUCUGCCUUGGCUCACCUGCAAUUUUCCAGGCUGUUGCACGAACAUUACUGUUGCUGAAGAUCUCUCAAUUUUCUGCGCAUUUUGUUCCCCUUGCCUUCAAUCUGCAAGUUUUCGUUUGUGGUUCUCGGUUAAUAAACUUCAUCCCGUCAAAGCCAUGUCUUUACCCCUUGCUUGAUCAAGACUGUUGAGGAUCCUCCCAAAUGGUGUCUCGCGCCCGCUACCGCCGAUUAACGUUUCUCUCGGCAUUUUUAAUAGUAUGUCUGGGCUUCUUGGCCUUCUCUAAUCGUCAUCGCCAUGUGCCAGUCGUGUCCUCGUUGAAAGAGCGAUACCCUUUGGUUUGGAAACACGUGCAUACUUUUGAACGACAUGGGGGAGCGGCAAAUUGGGUGCAGCCAAAUCCCGAACCUCAAACUAUAAUCGAAGCCGCGCAAUUGGUAAACCAAGCGACUGAAUCUGGCGAAGCACGCCGUUUGACAUGGGGUCACCGGCGAAUUGACACUUGGCCAGAAGACUUACGGCAAAGUGUCGAAAGAUGGCUGCAAUUCGUGGUCGAGGGUGAAAUGGCAUAUUUUCUUUGGGAAGAUGAGGGCAUGGUAGACUUUAUCGAUCACUUUGCGCCUGAGUCCCAUGAGCAUUAUUCGUCGCUACCAUCAAUGGUUGAGAAAACAGACUACUUUCGUAUCCUAGUCGCUACAUUUGUUGGCGGGAUCUAUGGAGAUCUCGAUAGCGUGCCACUCAAGUCACCUGCCCAGUGGAUCACUCCACAGGAUAUUCUGUCAUGGACAGACCUCGAGACUAGGUCCGUCUAUAACUCUACGAAGCCUGUUCGGGCAAUUUUCGGCAUCGAAGCAGAUUGUCUGCCCACUGACCACACAUGCUGGCGCAUGGGCUAUCCGUAUUCAAUCCAGCUAACUCAAUGGUCGUUCGCCUCAACACGAGACCAUCCUCUCCUAUACCGAUACCUCGAGAAUCUGGCUCACCAAUUACAGGCAAUCGCAGAUCAAUACGGCGGAUUACAAACGUCAGCCGCUCGUACUGAGCUACAGGCCCUUGAUCCUUUGACUUUGACAGGUCCGGAGGCCGUGACUUAUGCUGUUCAGGAAUGGCUCAAUGCCUCGUCUGGGUUGAGGUGGAAUGCGCUGACUGGCCUGCAGGAUGGAGGGAAGGCCAAGCUAGUCGACGAUGUGCUGAUCCUCCCUAUUUCUAGUUUCAGUCCCGGUAGAGGAAAGUACGGGAACAUGGGCUCUAGGCCCAACACAGAUCCCACAGCAUUAGUGCACCAUCGCGGCCAAGGGUCAUGGAAGAAGUUUAACCUAGUCGCUGAGGUCGGUAAAAAUUGUCGCACGGUGUUUGGACUUUGUGAGGGUUGGUCGAAGAUGCAGAGCUCAACCUGA